AUGCCUUUCUUCCUGCAACCAGGUGAAAAGCAGAAAUGCUGGCCUCCUAAGGCCACUCACACGGCCAGCCAGAGAUACUCACCGCAUGCAGCGGCGGCUUGGUGGGACACAGACUGGCUCACACCCCAUCAUAGGCAAGCGCAGACACCAGAGGAGAUAGGCAAAAAAUUCCACAAAUCUCAGGCAUCUGUGCCCCAAGACACACGGGACACCGGCAAGCUGCUCCAACGCACACCUAAGCCCAGAGAGCUGGUGCAGGCCGAGAUAGGGGUCUAUGACUACCAGGAGAAGGAUGGGGUGAGUGAAGACACACAGGGACAACCCACAGGGGGGGCUACAAACCCCAGCCAACAUAGAACCUGCAACAAAACAGGACAUUGA